AUGAAAGACAAUGAUGUGGAAGCCCACGAGGGCGAUUUGAUAGAUGACAUCAAGGCCGCCGCUCGAAGUUCCCUCGGGUACAAGGCAAAUAUAGUGCUGCUGAACGCGGGCACAAACGAUUGUACGCGAUCGGUCGACAUCAACAACGCCGGCAGCCGCCUUCGUGCGCUGAUUGAGUCCAUCCUCAGCUCGUCUGGCUGGGAUCGGACAACACUUAUUGUAUCCACACUCAUUCCCUCUGACGAUGCCAACACGGAUACGAACAGAUACCCCGUCAAUGCCCAGUAUCGUAGCUUGGUAAGUGCCAUGCAGGCAGAAGGCAAGCGGGUGAUACUGGCGGACAUGGACCCCGUAGAACCAGACCCAGCCCAUCUGUGGAUGAGCUAUCCUGCUGAUUUCGCUGACGCAAUCCAUCCCAACGAUGAGGGCUAUCGCAAGAUGGCUUCCAUUUGGUACAGCGCCAUCAUGGAUGCAUCGAACAAGGGAUUGAUACAAACCCCCUACGAUGCAGACCUAGGAGGUAGCAACACCUGCGAGAAGACCCUUGGCAACGGCGUGUGGGCGGGUGGCCUAGUCCAGCGGGGCAGCGGUGUGGAUGAUGGCAUCUACCUCCACUCCAGCGAGGAAAUGGGCAUCAUUCUGACCGUCACCAGCGAUUUUGAUCGCGGACAGUGGUUUUUCGUCAGGCUCUUCAGCAUAGAGCUAGACGAUCUGGUCGGUUGGUUUGAUCUCGGGGGCGGCAAUACACUCUACGGUACGUGGAAGAAUAAUGGUAACGGCAAGUUCACCAAGAUCGGGGAUAUGUACACCGGCAACGGUUGUAUUCCUCGUGGCGUGCGAUUCAUCGACUUGAAUGCUGAUGGUUUGGAUGAUUUUGUAUGCAUCUCCCCCAACGGUGAACUCUACGCCGCUAUCAACAAAGGCGACGGUACGGCGUCACAGCCCCCAACCUUCAAGGACAUUGGAAAGAUCAAGGACGCUGUGAGCGGCUUCGACCAAAGCCACGUGCGCCUGGCCGAUAUCGAUGGCGACGGCAGGGCCGACUAUUGUCUAGCUGCUGACAGUGGAGAUAUUUCGUGCUGGAGAAACGCUGGAAUAGGCGACUCACCAUCCUCCUGGGAGGACCUUGGCCUUCUCUUUACGGGCAAAGGAAUGGGUGAUCUCCGUGGAGUUCGCUUUGAGGAUAUCAACGGUGAUGGCCGAGACGACUGGCUUUGGGUCAGUGAUAUCGGCCAGACUUUCACCUGGACCAACUCACGAAGCUGCGUGAAUGGCAUCAACGAUGUCGGAGGUGACAACCCUUCGUGGCGGCAGGGCUUCGCCAGUGGGCAGAGCUCAGGCCCGACUCACGGAGGCAUGGGAGCUUUUGGCACUGGCGGCUUUCGCGAUCGAAUCCAUUUCGCGAGAAUAUAUGGGACUGCCCAGGACUUUGGUCUGCUUGGGCGACAAGACUACGUGUUCAUGCAGCACAGCGAGGUCGAUGGUAAGCACCAGUUCGAUAUGCGAGUCUGGAAGAACAUCGGCUCUGGAGGAACCAAAAUCAAAGCUGUAGCCGACGGUGAUCGUUAUUGCAAUAUGAUGGCCCACGAGGACGGCAGGGAGGACUAUGUCUGGAUCCUCUCUAAGGGAGAAAUGCACAUCUAUGAAAACGUGGGAUACAAGUCUGUCACAGAUGAUGGGCCAAACUUCUGGGGUGCCAAUUACAUAUUCUGGGACCCGACCCAGGAAGCAAUUGGCAAGUACCUCGACCGUCGUGAUCUUCAUCUGACAGAUUGGGAUGGCGAUGGAGCCUGCGAUAUUGUUUGGACCGACCCGGAUAACCAAAACCAUGUGCAGCUUUGGCGCAACACAAUCAAGCAGACGGGGGUUCUCAGGUUCGAGUAUAAUCCUAACCCAGCGCCCUCGCUAUAUUGUCCCGAGAAGCGUGGCAUUGGCUUUUUCGACCGUCCAAUUCACUUUGCAGACAUCACGGGCAAUGGUAAGGGUGAUUAUCUCUGUGUCGAGAAGGAUGGUCGUGUCUGGGGAUUUGUCCACGGGGAUGGAGAUAGCUGGGAGUACAUAGACCAGAUCAAGUUCUCCCAGGGUAAGGAUCGAGCCGAGCUGCAAUGGGCUGAUGUGAAUGGCGAUGGUCGUGACGAUAUGCUCUGGGUCAACAAGUUGAACGGCAAUAGUGAUCUCUGGUACAACAACGGGCGCAUGGACAUUGGCGGAUCGCGGUUCUCGUGGGUUAUCGCCGGGAUGGAGUACCUAGGUGCCGUGUCUGGGUCGUGCACGUACUUCCCCGACCUUGACGGUGACGGGCGUGCUGAUAUGCAUGCGAUAACAAAUGAGUUUACCAACACGGCCGAAACGUGGUUCAACAGAUGUCCGGGCAGCCUCGAUGCCCAGGGAGACGACCCGGAUGGAGUUCACGAUCCUCAACUGCCCGUCAUCCCGUCGUCAGGAGGCGGCGGUGGUGGCGGUGGUGGUGGUGGAGGCGGGGCUUGUAUCUCUGGUGAUGGGCCUGACAAUUUCGCAGAAUUGUGCCAGUUCACCUGCCGAGUCCUGGCAGUUGGGUACUUUGAUAUUGCUAUCAAAGUGGGAGGAGGCGGGUUUUGGGGAAAGAUACUAAAGGCUGGCGCGUUCGAUGCCUUGACCAAAGGCGUCGAGACCGCAGAGAGUCUGAUCGGUGCUGUGUCCACCUCACUGGAUGCGUAUGAACUCGUCGCAGGAGAGGAAGAGUCCGAGGUGGAGAAGCAGAUCGCCAAUGUGGGCAAGCUGGACAUUGCGGCGGGGGCACUAGUCAACGGCACCAAGAAAGCAAUCGCAAACUAUCUCAAAUAUAUCUUCAACUGCAACGACGUGUGGGGCCAAGAAUCGCUCAAGAAGAUCUGUGCCAAUGGCCUCUGGCUCGAUGAUCCCAUGGCAGUGUUUGGAAACGAUAAGCCGAAAAUGGAAGACGAUUUCCUCCAGGCAUUUAAUGAGGGAAACUACGAAGGCAAUCCAACGGAAACAAGCACGGUUGAUGGUGGGGAAGGCCUCUCGACGUGGAUAACAGACGAAGACGCCGAGUCUGUAAGGGUAUAUGAUGAGGUCAACGAUCAUACUGUUUGGCUUGUCAGGGUCAAGUCUCACGACGACGCCGGUCUCCCCCAUCCACAGGUCUGUGGCAAGCUUCAGGGUACCGACAGCCUCAUGGCGGGAUCUAACCCCUACCAACUCUCUUUCGAAACUAUAGCUCUCUCUGGGCUUCGGGGAUGGAUCAACAAUGGGAAGAAAAACCCCUAUCCUCUUAGCGAGGCCGGAGGCGGACUGGGAGAUGAUCUCUAUCUCCCUUUACAGGACGGCGUCGGGAGUGCGGGCUUUUUCAACUUCCCUAUCUGCGAAAUGCAACUGCUGAUUGAUAACUGGACCUGGCGUUACUAUACACUAGAUGGUCGUAACUGGCGUGACAGAGGCGAACCUUGCGACUAUUACCCCUGUUGUGAGAAAUCCUACCUAGAGGAGACAUAA